GCGGACGAAUGGAAUGGGCGGAUGGGUCUCUUCUGCUUCCAUGGCCAGCCAGUGCGUGUGUUGUGUCUGAUUCGCGCCGCGCUCUCUCUCUGUUAGUGCUGUCUGUGUUUUGUUGUCUAUGCAAUUGCAUCCAUCGCAGACAUCAGCUGCUGAUGUCUUCAUUCUCUUCAUCAUAUGCCCCGUCUCGUCUGUGUGUCCGUCGGUGUGUCUUUCGGCGGCCCGUCCGCAGCUGCCUCACGCAGUAUCGGUGUUGAACCAGUGUCUGUCUGUCUGUCUGUCUGGGAGGGCCAGCCAAGUCAGUCAGUGUCGUAUGUUCACAAACAGACAGACAGACACGCGUAUGUGUGUAAAUGGGAUGAUGGAAUGGCAUGUGUGGAUCGAAUCAAGGAGUGAGCCGCUCACCAAGACACACCCACCCCACCCCACCCCACCGACCAGUCAGCAACAUAUCACGGCACGAGAGAGACAAGGCCUAGGCGGCAUUGCAACCGGGCCUUUUGUGCCGCUCGCGCUCGUUGUUCAUGUGUGCGUCAGAAAUGAAUACACACAGCGUCCUCUCUGGCUGUGCGUGUGAUCGCAUACAGGCGAUCGCUUCUCAGUUGUGGCUGCCGGAUGACUCGAUCAUGUUCCGUCCAGGUCAAGUGGCCGGCACAUGGUCAAGUCCGUAGGGCGACUAAACAGCUAGAGAGGGAAGGCCUAUAACACACGCACACACACGCAUAGAGAGAGGUUGGGACGUCCACCCCCGCGCGCACACAACAAUGCGAUAAAUCUCUCACUCACUCACUCACUCACACACACAGACACAUACGUCGGCAGAAAGUGAUCUGCCGUCGUCAAGAUGCAAAACCGCACGGCGGCACUCGCUGUUCUGCCUGGGAAAAACUGUCGCCUCAUGUCUCUGGGGAUGUUACUUUCGAGCGUCGUCCGGCAGACGGGCGACUGAUGAGUGAAUGGCAAGAAACUCAGGUAGGCAGUGAUCCAUCGACUGCGUACACGAUAAAGACAUGCACAUCGGCGGACACGUAGAAAGUGUGAGGGAGGCAUGCAACACUCUCUGGCCCGAAAAAGAGCGGCCUCACUUCCAUGCACUCGCCCGUCUGUCUGGUGCACCCGCCCGCCCCGAACCAGGCAGCGAUCGAUCGAGUGACUACCACACACCGCGAGGAGACAUCCAGGCAGAAGACACGGACACUCCCACUCACACGCACCCCGUCUCGCUCAGCAGCCCGCUACAGGCAGGGGGCGGCGAGAGGUCCCUUCAACAGUCCACACGCACACCACACACACGUGAUGACACGCGGACACCGGACAGCGCCUUGAAAGUGUAUGUGAUGUGAUGGAAUGGAACGGAGCAAAGACCAUCGGGGGAUCACCAGCGGUUAAGUACAACGCAGAGUGACAAUAUACAAACAAGAAAGGCAGGCGACGACACACAGGCUGGAUGUGUCGCGUGUUGGCCUCUCCCCUGUGUCUUUCGGCCAGCCACCUGUCUAUCUGUCUGUCUGUCUGUCUUAUACCAGUGAGUGUCGUAUGCACACAGACACAUACGUACAUCCAUACAUCCAUACAUAUAUACAUGUGUAUAAAUGGCAUGGAAUGGAAUGAACCACUGAGCCGCUUCCCUCACCAAAGCACACACACGCCACCCACCAGUCAGCGUUACAGCACAGAACAAGAUGGACAACAUAGCAAUCGCCAACACGAAAGACGCGCCAGAGAUUAUUAAGUGAGUCAGUCAGUCAGAGAGAGGGAGAGAAGGCCUACUAUACGGACGAAAAAAAAAAAACAGACAUGGCGUCGUUUGCCUGGCCAUACCGCCACUACGACACUGAUAGAUACGCGUGUACGUCAUUCCGAAACACAGACAGACAGACAGACAGACAGACGGGCACGCCACACACAGAGAGACCUGGACUUCAUGUGUGUGUGAGAGAGGCGAUCUCUGCGACCUCUCGGCUCUCUCUCUCUCUCUCUCUCUGAUGUACAUUUAUCAGCUGAAAUGUAUGCAAAACCGCACAGCGGCCCUCACUGCCGGGGAGAACCGACGUGUCAGCAGACGUCAUUGCUCCGUGUGCAGCCAUGAGCGUGUGUGUGUAGGGGGUCCGACACAUGACAGACAACACACACACAUGGCCACGCACAGGAGCAAACCGUCUGUCGUCUGUCGCAGUGAGUGUCAGUGAGUCAGUCAGUCAGUGAGUGGGUCGGCAGAUACACCCCUCACUCCAGUAUGUAUGUAUAUGGGUGUGUGUAUGGGUGUGGUGUGGUGUGGUGUGGUACAUGGUGUGGUCAGUUGGUGCCCUCGCCGCCGGAGACGCCCUGGCCCUCCUCGCCUGAGCCCUGCUUCUCGGCCAUCCACCCUUACACCACCGUGACCUGGCCGUCGUCGGUGUCGGCCGGCUCUUAUUGGUCGUAGCCAUAAUUGCUGUCCGAGGCGGUGUCGGCCGACUCUGGUGCUUCGACGACCCAAUUGUCGUCAUCGUCAUCGUCAUUGUCGGUGUCGGCCGGCUCUGUCAGCUGUGCGUCAUCGCGUAUGUAGGUUUCGCCCAGCUGCCGGAGCAGCUCUUCGGUUAGUCUCGGUGGGGUGGUCCCGGCGUCGUGGUAGGGCGAUAUGAUACUGAGCCAACACACAUCACAAAGAGUGAGCGCAGGUGUGUGUGACAUGUCCGAUCGCUCACUCACCUGAUCCGGAGUCUCUCUUUGUCGUGGUGGUGCGCGCGCUCCUGUGCGGUGGUGUGGAAGAGCGCCUCGACGGCCGCCUCGCACGCAUCCGCAGGGGUGACCACCGUGGUCCCUGCAUCACCGUUGGCCAGAAGCUGUUGCUUGAAGUCGUGUUGCUUGGAGGGCCCGAGCAAGAGCGUCUCGGGCACGGCGACGACGAUGACGUCGGGCUUCCAGUUCUCAGUCACCAGCGAGACCGCCGCCUUGAUAUCUACACGCGCGCACACACACACACAAACGCAGACAACUAAUCACGUGUUCAGCGUGUGCGCGUGUCCCUGAAAGCGCCCACCGUUUUCUGCGGGCAGAGCGGUCAGUGUGACCUUCUGCACACCGAGGUCCGGCAGGAGAGUGGGGAUGCUGACCACACCCAAUUUCUUCAGGAUGUCCUGGUACGCUGAAGGAAGUCGCACGACACACACGCACACACGGACACACAUCCCGUCCAGCCACACAGAACACAACACCGCGGUGCAUGUCUCGCUGGGGACCUGCCGACGCCGUGUCGUGGACUGUGACAUCGGGAUGAUCCUGGUACUUGGCCAACCUGCAUGAGCAAGCAGCACCACACGCACUCUGUCGCAUGCCCCUCCGCCCCCUUCUCUCUCGCUGAGUGCCCUGACUGCCUUCCUGGCGGCAUGCAUGUUCCUCGCUCACUCGAUGAUAGCAAUCUUCUUCGUCAUCUUGGAGCCCCUCGCUGACGACAACAGCAAAUACCGGCCGACGAGAUCUGAGAGGCCCAAUAACAGACGCUCUGGCACGGAAGGCUCGGGUGCUUCGAGACGCCAGGGACAGGCCGACGACAGGACUACCGCGCUAGGGUGCU